AGUUCCGGCAAGGGGGGUUACUCCGAUUCCAUUGAACCCUAAUUUCUUUCUCAAAACCCUAAUUGCUACCACUCCGACUGCCACACCCCCAAAAUUCAGUUUGGGUUUCCAGCAAUCAAACGCCAUGGACACGGACAUUGCCAAGACUCAGGAAGAGCGAAAGCGCUUGGAGCAGCAGCUGGCUUCCAUCACCUCCCUCACGUUCGACACCGAUCUUUACGGCGGCAACGACCGCGAUUCCUACGUCACCUCCAUCCCCGUCACCGACGACGAUGAGAACCUCGACUCCAUGGACAACGAGGUCGCGCGCAAGCUCGCUUCUUACACCGCCCCCAAAUCCCUCCUGAAAGAAAUGCCCCGUGGUGCAGGAGCCGAAGACGACAACGACGACGGUUUUGGGGGCUUCAAGAAGCCGCAGCGAAUCAUCGACCGCGAGGACGAUUACCGCAAGAGGCGACUCAAUCGGGUGAUCUCACCCGAGAGGCACGACGCCUUCGCCGCGGGGGAGAAGACUCCGGACGCCUCCGUGAGAACCUACGCAGAUGUUAUGAGGGAGGAGGCUUUAAAGAGGGAAAAGGAGGAGACACUGAAGAGGAUUGCGAAGAAGAAGGAAGAGGAGGAGGCUGCUGCCAAGUCUGAUAAGGCUACGGAGGAUAAGGGAACCAAGAGGAGGAAUAGGUGGGACCAGUCGCAGGACGAUGGGGCUGCCGCUGCGAAGAAGCCGAAAACUACGUCGGAUUGGGAUUUGCCUGAGGAUGCUACUCCGGGGCGGUGGGACGCGACUCCCACCCCUGGGAGGUUGGGCGAUGCCACCCCAUCGGCGUCAGUUGGGAGGAGAAAUAGGUGGGACGAGACGCCAACUCCUGGCAGAUUGGCGGAUGCCACCCCUGCCGGUGGGGCUACUCCGGGAGCGACCCCGGCGGGGAUGACCUGGGACGCCACCCCGAAAAUCUCGGGCCUCGCCACGCCCACCCCAAAACGGCAGAGAUCGAGGUGGGACGAGACGCCUGCUACCAUGGGCAGUGCAACCCCAAUGGCAGGGGCCACUCCAGCAGCUGCAGCGUCGUUUACACCGGGGAUUACUCCUGUCGGUGGUGUUGAGCUAGCAACGCCGACGCCAGGGGCUAUCAAUUUGCGUGGUAACAUCACCCCGGAGCAGUACAAUUUGCUGAGGUGGGAGAAGGACAUCGAGGAGAGGAACCGGCCACUGACGGACGAGGAGUUGGACGCCAUGUUUCCGCAGGAGGGUUAUAAGAUUUUGGAGCCGCCGGCGUCCUAUGUUCCCAUUAGGACUCCCGCAAGGAAGCUGCUGGCGACCCCCACUCCUUUGGGGACUCCUCUGUAUUCCAUCCCCGAAGAGAAUCGCGGGCAGCAGUUUGAUGUGCCCAAGGAAGCCCCGGGUGGGUUGCCGUUCAUGAAGCCCGAGGAUUACCAGUACUUUGGGGCGUUGUUGAACGAGGACGAUGAGGAGGAGUUGUCCCCCGAUGAACAGAAAGAGCGGAAGAUCAUGAAGCUCCUGCUUAAGGUCAAGAAUGGGACGCCCCCACAGAGGAAAACGGCAUUGCGGCAGCUUACGGAUAAGGCAAGAGAGUUUGGGGCCGGGCCGUUGUUUAACCGGAUCCUGCCGCUGCUCAUGCAACCCACUUUGGAAGAUCAAGAGAGGCAUCUCUUGGUGAAGGUGAUCGACAGGGUGCUCUAUAAGUUGGAUGAGCUGGUACGUCCUUACGUGCAUAAGAUUCUUGUUGUGAUUGAACCGUUGUUGAUUGAUGAGGAUUAUUAUGCGCGUGUUGAAGGGCGAGAGAUUAUUUCCAAUCUUAGCAAAGCCGCUGGCUUGGCCACCAUGAUUGCUGCCAUGCGUCCCGAUAUAGAUAACAUCGAUGAGUAUGUGAGGAACACCACUGCCAGAGCUUUCAGCGUUGUUGCUUCUGCUCUCGGGAUUCCUGCUCUGUUGCCCUUCUUAAAGGCCGUGUGUCAGAGUAAGAAAUCGUGGCAAGCUCGGCACACAGGGAUUAAGAUUGUUCAGCAGAUUGCCAUAUUGAUUGGUUGUGCCGUGCUUCCUCAUCUGAGGUCUCUUGUGGAGAUCAUAGAGCACGGUCUGCUGGACGAGAAUCAGAAGGUGAGGACAAUCACUGCGUUGUCUCUGGCUGCUCUUGCCGAGGCUGCUGCCCCUUAUGGUAUCGAGAGCUUCGACUCGGUGUUGAAGCCUUUGUGGAAGGGUAUCAGGUCGCACCGUGGGAAAGUCUUGGCUGCGUUCUUAAAAGCCAUCGGUUUUAUCAUCCCGCUCAUGGAUGCACUAUAUGCCAGUUACUACACCAAGGAAGUCAUGGUUAUUCUGAUUCGUGAGUUCCAGUCGCCCGAUGAAGAAAUGAAGAAGAUUGUUCUGAAGGUGGUGAAGCAGUGUGUGAGUACGGAGGGUGUGGAGGCUGAUUACAUUCGCAAUGAUAUUCUUCCGGAGUUCUUUAAAAAUUUCUGGGUCAGGAGGAUGGCUUUGGAUAGGAGAAACUACAGGCAGCUGGUGGACACGACCGUGGAGAUAGCAAACAAAGUCGGUGUUGCCGAUAUAGUUGGGAGAAUUGUGGAGGAUCUUAAAGAUGAGAGUGAGCCUUACAGACGAAUGGUUAUGGAGACCAUUGAGAAGGUAGUUGCCAACUUGGGUGCAUCUGAUAUCGAUGCUCGGUUGGAGGAACUUCUUAUUGAUGGAAUCCUUUAUGCCUUCCAAGAGCAGACCAGUGAUGAUGCCAACGUGAUGCUUAAUGGUUUUGGUGCGGUUGUGAAUGCACUUGGGCAGAGAGUGAAACCGUACCUUCCCCAGAUUUGUGGCACCAUAAAAUGGCGGUUGAAUAACAAGAGCGCAAAGGUGAGACAGCAAGCAGCGGAUCUGAUAUCGAGGAUUGCUGUGGUGAUGAAGCAGUGCCAGGAGGAACAACUGAUGGGUCACCUUGGUGUUGUACUGUAUGAGUAUCUGGGAGAGGAGUAUCCCGAGGUCCUGGGAUCUAUCCUAGGAGCUCUCAAGGCAAUUGUCAAUGUUAUUGGUAUGACAAAGAUGACUCCUCCUAUAAAGGAUUUGCUUCCUAGACUGACACCAAUUUUGAAGAAUAGGCACGAGAAAGUCCAGGAGAACUGCAUAGACCUUGUCGGACGGAUUGCUGACCGCGGGGCUGAGUUUGUUCCGGCUAGGGAGUGGAUGAGGAUUUGCUUCGAGCUUCUCGAGAUGCUUAAAGCCCACAAGAAGGGUAUACGGCGAGCCACUGUGAACACCUUUGGGUAUAUUGCCAAGGCCAUUGGGCCACAGGAUGUCCUGGCUACCCUGUUGAAUAAUCUCAAGGUGCAGGAGCGGCAGAACCGUGUGUGCACAACUGUGGCAAUUGCUAUAGUUGCAGAAACCUGUUCGCCCUUUACAGUUCUUCCAGCUUUAAUGAAUGAGUAUCGCGUGCCAGAGCUUAAUGUGCAAAAUGGUGUCCUGAAAUCCCUCUCUUUUCUGUUCGAGUAUAUUGGGGAAAUGGGAAAAGACUACAUCUAUGCUGUGACCCCAUUACUUGAGGAUGCCCUCAUGGAUAGGGAUUUGGUUCACAGGCAGACUGCGGCUUCUGCUGUUAAGCACAUGGCCUUGGGGGUUGCUGGUUUGGGUUGCGAGGAUGCUUUAAUCCACUUGCUCAACUAUGUGUGGCCAAACAUUUUUGAGACUUCCCCGCACGUGAUAAAUGCUGUAAUGGAAGCCAUUGAAGGAAUGAGGGUGGCCUUGGGUGCUGCUGUUGUUCUAAACUACUGCCUUCAGGGGCUGUUUCAUCCUGCUCGUAAGGUUAGGGAGGUGUACUGGAAGAUUUAUAACUCGCUUUAUAUUGGAGCACAAGAUGCUCUUGUGGCGGCUUAUCCUGUGCUGGAGGACGAGCAGAACAACGUAUACAGUAGGCCUGAGUUGAUGAUGUUUGUCUGAAAUGUUGUUUAGAUUGUUACUAAUAGGGCAGGUAUAAUGAUAUAGGAACUGAUAUCAUGAUGUUAAGGAUUUUACUUGUUUUGGAUUGAUGUAAUCUGUUCCUAGAUCAGUACACGCCUAGUGAACCCGCUAUGUUGGAGUUACUGCAACUCAUUGGUUUGAAUGCUGUUUCUUCGCA